GCUUUGUUGAGACCCUCGGCUUCUUCGGGUUCUCCAUUUCUCGUGGGGAGGAAGCUACAGGUUCGGGGAGGUCUUGUUUUUUCCCUAGCUGUUGUGCGAUAAGAGCAGCUGUUCGUGCCUGCUGGAGGGGAAGUUGAGCUAAGUUGCGAGAGGAGGGAAUUUGCACCGGUUUCUGCAAGCUGCUGCCAGGUACGAGGGUGCAGCAACGCCUUUCGCAACCUUCCCGUCGUCCCAGGAAUCAUCUCUGCACACGAGCGCACGUAAAACUCGAGCUUUUGCAGCAGAAGGCAUUGGAAGUUUUUACUUAGCCAACUUCUGAACGGAACCCGGAGAGUCCACCUUGCUGCUUAUCAGAAAGCUGGUUUUAGCAAAAGAUUUACAGACCGGUAGUAAGGAAGGUUUAAGGGAUGGAGACCCUGAGUGUGCAGGUGAACAUGUCCAUGGAGGAAGAGUCCAUGGAGCACCCAGAGCCGAAGAUGCCGAAGCAGUAUACUUCGCUGGUUCAACUCUGGGCAGACAUGGAGGCAAGGAAAGCCCCUUCUCGCAGGGUUCCUCGCCAACAGGUGAAAUGUAAACCUGAAGAGGGACUGCAAGAUUGCUGGGAAGCUCAGUGGCAGGAGUUCCUCGGCAGCCUGCAGGGUCCUCGCUCAGAGAGAGCCCAUGCUGAGACAGUAGAGGAACCUAUGCCAUGGGCCAACACAAAGGCCUUCUUAACUUCCUUUGAGCAAGUUGCAUCCGCCUGCAAGUGGCCCCAGGACCAGUGGGCGACUCUUCUUGCGCCAGGACUCCGACAAGAAGCCGCGGAGGCAUUCAACAGCCUCAGUGGCCAAGAAAGAAGAGACUAUGGGAAGGUGAAGGCGGCCAUCUUGCGAAGGGAGGCCCUGGCCAGGGAGAAACAGCGCCGGGAUUUCCGGGAGUUUUGCUACCAGGAGACCGAGGGGCCCAGGGCUCUUUAUAAGCAUCUCCAGGGACUUUGCUGGCAGUGGUUGAAGGCCGAGAAGUGCUCGAAGGAGGAGAUCCUGGAGCUGCUGGUCCUUGAGCAGUUCCUAACUGUCCUGCCUCCGGAGAUGCAGAGCUGGGUCAGGGGUCACGGCCCUGAGACUUGCACUGGGGCUGUGCUCUUGGCUGAGGAGUUUCGGUGGAAGGGGAGCUCCGUGAAACAGGAGGAAGAGGUGAAGUCUCUGGUGGUGGGCUUCAGGUGGUUCUCCAGAAGAUGGAGGAGAACAAGAGUUCAAUGCAUUUUCCACUCUCUGCUUUUUCAGGAAUUGUGAGAAUGUGGUAGAGCUUGAUUAUCUGAAGGUACCCGAUAUCCAAGGCAAUGUUAGAGAACAGAAGUUCUCUAAUUCCAUUUUAUUUUUACAUAGUACAUCAAAUUAAGGAAUAACGCUUUGGAGAUUAAUGGUACCUUCUAAGUCUACUUCUCCAUUACUCUCUGCCCUUCUGCUUCUAGCCAGAGUAAGUGAAGGAUAAAUUGUUUUAAUCUCCCCACAGUUUUGCUAUCAGGAGACUGAGGGGCCAGGGCUGUUUACUAUCUGGAGUAAGUGAAGGAUAAAUUGUUUUAAUCUCCCCACAGUUUUGCUAUCAGGAGACCGAGAGGCCCAGGACUGUUUACUAUCCAGAGUAAGUGAAGGAUAAAUUGUUUUAAUCUCCCCACAGUUUUGCUAUCAGGAGACUGAGGGGCCAGGGCUGUUUACUAUCUGGAGUAAGUGAAGGAUA